GCACCAGUUCCCAACAAGAACUCUCACCAUGAAGUUUGUGAUCAUCGCCGCCCUCGCCGCUGUGGCCCUCGCCGCCCCCAGGCCUGAAUAUGCUGACUCAGACGAGAGCAAGGAACAUAUCCCCAUCCUGAGGGACGACCGCGUGCAUGAGGAUGACGGCAGGUACAACCUGGACGUGGAGACUGGCAACGGCAUCUUCGUCUCCCAGUCCGGCUCCCCCGAUGGCCCCGAUGGCUCCGUGGUCAAGUCUGGAGUCUUCUCCUACACCGCCCCUGACGGCACCCCCGUUGAGGUCAAGUUCGUCGCCGACGAGAACGGCUACCAGCCCGAAUCCGCCCUUCUGCCCGUGGCCCCCGCCUUCCCCCACCCCAUCCCCCAGUUCGUGCUGGACCAGAUCGCUAAGGCCGCCGAGGAGGACGCCGCCAGGGCCCGCGGUGAGCUCGACUCCGAUGAGGAAUCUUACAGCUACGAAUAAGUUUCACGAGAUGCAUGUACAGCAACCAUAAGUUUUUCAAUGUAUUUAUUUAUUUAUUCGAUUUAUGAAUAAAGUGCCACAUAUGU